UUUUUCUGGAAGGAUCUGGAGGUACCAGACCUACAAGUUCCGAUGUCUUUAAAAGGAUCAUCCUGGGAAAUAAGGCUCAUUUGAGAGCUGUGACGUUCAUCUUGACUCUAGUGGAAGUCCGACGGCCAAUCCCAUUUUGGCCUACUGGGCACCAUGAAGGCCUGUGUGCCCCUGAUACUGGCCAUGCUCUGCGGCCUGGCCUGGUCUGGAAAAACGGAGUCAUGUGCGUCUCGCUGUCAUGAGAAAUUUAACCGUGAUGCUCCCUGCCAGUGUGACCGCCGGUGUCCCCGGCACGGGGACUGCUGUGAAGACUACGAGCACCUGUGUACUGAGGACCCCAAAGAGCCAGAGCCACUCCUGGAGCUGGAGGAAGAGAUGGAGGAGGCCCCGUCGAGCAACCUGUACUCAGCACCCAACUCCUGCCGGGGCCGCUGCCACGAAUCCUUCGAUAAGCACCACCCAUGCCACUGCAAUGCCCGCUGUCCAGAGUUUGGGAACUGCUGCAAGGAUUUCAACAGCCAAUGUGGCCAUGAGGGCUUCUCCCACAGCAGUGAUGCCAUAACCAAGGAGGAGCUGCUGGCCAUCUCUGAGAAGAUCUACAGGGCGGACACCAACAAAGCCCAGAAGGAAGACAUCAUUCUCAACAGCCAAAAUGCCAUCUCACCCUCUGAGACCAGAGACCAAGUAGACCACUGCCCGGAACCGCUCUUCACAUAUGUCAACGAGAAGCUGUUCUCCAAGCCAACCUACGCAGCCUUCAUCAACCUCCUCAACAACUACCAGCGGGUCACGGGCCAGGGGGAACACUUCACUGCCCAGCAGCUGGCAGAACAGGACACCUUCCUCAGAGAGGUCAUGAAGACAGCUGUCAUGAAGGAACUCUACAGCUUUCUCCAUCAGCAGAACCGCUACAGCUCAGAACAAGAGUUCGUCAGUGACUUGAAGAACAUGUGGUUUGGGCUCUAUUCAAGAGGCAAUGAAGAGGGGGACUCAAGUGGCUUUGAACACGUCUUCUCAGGUGAAGUCAAAAAAGGCAAGGUCACUGGCUUCCAUAACUGGAUCCGCUUCUACAUGCAAGAGAAGGAGGGCCUGGUUGACUACUACAGUCACAUCUAUGACGGGCCUUGGGAAUCUUACCCUGACGUGUUAGCCAUGCAGUUCAACUGGGACGGCUACUAUAAGGAAGUGGGCUCAGCUUUCAUCGGCAGCAGUCCCGAGUUUGAGUUUGCACUCUACUCUCUGUGCUUCAUCGCCAGGCCUGGCAAAACGUGCCAGUUAAGCCUGGGUGGAUAUCCCAUAGCCAUCCAGACCUACACCUGGGACAAGUCUACCUAUGGAAAUGGCAAGAAAUACAUUGCCACGGCCUACGUGGUGUCUUCAGCCCGAUAGAGCUUGGAGCCAGAAAGGGGCAUGAGGGCAGUGAGAGCUCUUGCAGGACUG